AUGGCCGAGACAUCCUCAUCCAUCCCGACUCCCCCGCACUGCACCGCCGAUUUCUGUUUGAUCCCAAUCGGCACCUCAUCCCCUUCCGUGUCCGCCCAAAUAGCCGAUGUUCAGCGCCUUAUUGAGAAAUCCGGCCUGAAAUACGUCAUGCAUUCAGCUGGCACCACCCUCGAGGGUCCUUGGGAUAGAGUUCAUCAGGUUAUUGGUCAGGCGCAUACGAUUCUUCAUCAGCAGGGUAUUGUGAGGAUUCAGACGGAUAUUCGGGUUGGGUCGAGGACCGAUAAGGAGCAGUCCUUUGAGGAUAAAGUGAACAAGGUCCGUGAGUUGUUGAAAAAUGACUAA